AUACGACGACCGAUGAACGCCUUUAUGGUGUGGGCUAAAGCUGAAAGGAAACGUUUGGCGGAGGAGUACCCAGAUGUGCACAACGCUGACCUCAGCAAAAUGUUAGGAAACAAUUGGAAAAAACUUUCCCUGUCAGCCAAGCGUCCUUAUGUUGAAGAAGCAGAACGUUUGAGAGUCAAAUUAAUGACGGAUCAUCCUGAUUACAAAUACAGGCCUCGCAGACGA